AUGCCGUUUUCAAGAGGAAAGAAACCCACCACCAGUAAGAUUCCAAAGCUUCAUAGCAAGGGGUCUGAAAAUCAGGAGGAUGGCCCGCAGGUCAAGAGAUCAUCUUCCUCUCCUCAAGGGGCACCUAAGAAAAGGACGGCCUUUAUUGACAUCACCAAUGCGGUAUCUCAGUGUUUUUCGGAGCACCAGUUUGAGGACGACAAGGAACAAGGGGUCAGGAGAGCACACAAGAUAGAGCUUAGCAACCCGAUCAAGAAAAAGGAGUCCACAAAGAAGACGUCCAAGAAAACCAACACAGUGACUGCCAAUAACGCUGCCAACCUGAAAAAGUUGGCUUCAGUUAGGUCUGAGAGUAAGCAAGAGGACUCCAAGCAGAAGGAGCAGCCAGCAGAAGAACUGGUUGUACCUCCUCCUAAAGCUCCCAUACCUCCUCACCUUCAGCCUCCAGCGAUCCCUCCAGAGUUUGACAUCGAUUCUGAGCACUCAAGCAACUGCUGCCAGAUUCCAGAGUACGCCAAAGACAUCUUUGACUACCUCAAACAAAGAGAGGAGAAGUUUGUCCUGCGGGACUACAUAGAUGAACAGCCUGACCUGAACCAAAGCAUGAGGGCCAUUCUGGUCGACUGGCUGGUGGAAGUUCAGGAGAACUUUGAGUUGAAUCAUGAGACUUUGUAUUUGGCUGUUAAGAUAACUGAUCAUUACCUGGACAACGCUCAGGCCAGCAAAGGAUCCCUGCAGCUGAUUGGUUCAACUGCCAUGCUCAUCGCUUCCAAGUUUGAGGAACGCCUCCCGCCGUGUGUCGACGACUUCCUCUACAUCUGCGACGACGCCUACAAACGCGCCGAGCUUAUCGCCAUGGAAGUCAGCAUCCUCCAGACGCUGAAGUUUGACAUCAGCAUUCCCGUGGCGUACUGCUUCCUCCGUCGCUACGCCAAGUGCGUGAAUGCCAGCAUGGAGACGCUGACGCUGGCUCGUUACGUGUGUGAACUGAGUUUGCUGGAGACGGUGUUUAUCCCUGAGAGAGCUUCUCUCCUGGCAUCCGCCUGUCUGCUUAUUGCCCUGGUAACCAAGGACCUGGGGGGAUGGACUCCCAGUCUGCAGUUCCACUCGGGGUACAGCGUGAGCGAUAUGGCCCCCCUGGUCCGGAAACUUCACUGCAUGCUGAUCAGCCCCCCCGACAGCAAGCUGGUGUCCGUCAGGAGCAAGUACUCUCACAAUGUGUUCUUUGAAGUUGCUAAGAUUCCCACGGUGGAUAUUGAGAAGCUGGAGAGUUUUUUGAAGUGA